CCUCUGCAUCUACAUAACUCCCACACAGAGAAAACCCCAAACGAAACGAUACAGACCAAUAUUCCACAGAGAUCUCCAUGGGACACGGUACUUCAUCCUUCACCUCUCCUAAAGACCCACUGCCUGUGCGAGGGCAUCGAUCUUAAAUCACUCAGCACAGCAAGGCAUUCCCACGGGGGGACCCCUUCUGAGGCACAGAGAUGAAUAACGGGUUUGCAGUCACUUACAAACUCCACUGCGACAAGAUUGAGAGCAAUCGCCAUAGGACACGCUUGCCGAACUGCCAAAUCAAUUUCUGGUGAUAUGAAUUAAUUGAUUCACUCUCUAAUUGCAGGUGAAAAAGGUCGCCAUAGCAAAAAGCACAAAUCUUCUUCCAAGGAGGAUCAUAGGCCCACAGUUGUAGAAGACGAUGAGUCCUAUUAUGUUGAGGAUUUAGAUGAUGAAAGAGAGGGGGCUUUAUCUUGCCGUUAGAUGGAUCACUUUAGGAGAUGACUUCAGGAUUUAAACUCCAGAGGAUCCUGACGCUUGAGGUCUAGGGUUUGAGAUCUUGGGCAAAUACACACGGUGAUUUGUUGUCUUUGAUUUCGGUUUUCAUGGAAGAAGGCGUGCGAGAAGUUCUCUAUCAGACACGUUCUCACGCUUCCAGGCCUUUCUCUCCCAAUUACCCUCCCCAGCAUCAACAGCUAAAUGAUGGGGUCAAAGGAAGUUUUCUCUCGUUGCUUUCAACUCGAGGUGUUAGUCAACUUAAAGAAAAAUGGAGUGGAUUUAGGCGUCUUAAAAAAUUGAAGAAAUGGAUAACUUUGUUUGUCUCUCCAAGUGGUGAACAUGUGGCUGUUGCGGUGGGAAAUCAGAUAACAAUCUUGAAGAAGGAUGAUGAUUACCAGGAGCCAUGUGGCCUUUUCACUAGUAGCAGCCUUGGCUCAUUUACUUCCGGAAUUUGGUCGGAAUCUCAUGAUGUUCUUGGAGUUGUGGAUGAUACCGAUAUACUCUAUUUUAUAAAAGCCAAUGGUGAAGAGAUAACCAGAAUCACAAAAAAAUAUUUAAAAGUGUCUUUACCAAUAGCAGGCUUGAUAGUGCACGAUAGCUCUGAUAUGAACAAAUCUUGCUUGUGUAGCUUUGAUGUUCUUACAUCAGAUGGUUCUCUUCAUGAAGUUGAGAUCAGUCAGGAUCCAAGUGCGUCUGUUUUCUCUGCACGCACAUCAAAUAACAACUCAACUUUAAAGGAGUUCCCGGAGAAUGUCUUCUGCUUGAAUUACCAUCCGGAAACUUCUUUGCUUGCAAUAGUUGGUGGUGCUGUUAGUGCUCCAGUGACCUCUAGUUGUAACACUGGAACCUAUAGCCUUUCUCUUUGGCAUCGAACCAAGAACCUAGGCUUGGAACCAGGGUUUUCUACGCAGUUUGAAGGUUUAUAUUCCAAACCAAAAGGUUAUGUAGGUCAAUUGACAUAUCCCAAGGUGAUUAUCUCACCACAGGGUAAGUUUGUUGCCACUCUUGAUUUGAGAGGAUGCUUGGUCAUUUUUAAGCUGGAUAAUGAACGGUCUUCUCUUUCAAAUCUUUCUUGUGGAGAGACAUUUGACUCACAAGUGGCUAGUAAUAUGUCAACUAGGGGGAGGGAAUCAUUGAACAAUGCAGUGGAUUUUACUUGGUGGUCUGAUUAUAUCCUUGUUCUUGUAAAAGGAAAUGGCAUUGUCACCAUGAUUGACAUUCUUAGUGGUAAUAAACUACUGGAGAAAGAUCCUUUAUACUCUAUGCCCAUCUUGGAAAGAGUACAACAGUUCCCAGGGAACUUGUUUCUUUUAGAAAGUACAUUAUCUGAGGAGAGCCAUGAUUCAUCCAAUAAGAAGGCGGCAAGUGACUUGCAACAUGUGGAUCUGGUCACUGAAGAUGAGUAUAAUCAAUUGGACUUUGCUAAACUGCGCUGGAGCUUGAUAUCGUUCUCAAAGAGGUCUGUUUCUGAAAUGUAUGACAUAUUAAUUAGUGAUCAAGAGUAUCAGGCCGCUUUGGAGUUUGCUAAUCGUCAUAGAUUGGAUAAAGAUGAAGUGCUAAAGUCACAGUGGUUGUGCUCUGCCCGAGGAAUAAAUGAAAUAAAAAUGUUUCUUUCAGUUAUCAAGGAUCAAGCUUUUGUGCUUUCCGAAUGUGUGGAUGGAGUUGGACCAACAGAAGAUGCAGUGAGGGCUUCAAUUGCACACGGUCUCCACCUCACAAACCAGUAUAGAUUCUCUGAAACCGAAGUUGACGAAAAUAGCCAAAUUUGGGAAUUUUGUUUGGCAAGACUUAAAUUGUUGCAAUUCAGAGACAAGCUGGAGACAUUUCUUGGGAUAAAUAUGGGCAGGUUUUCUGUGCAGGAGUACAGCAAAUUUCGCAUUAUGCCAAUCAAUGAAGCUGCUAUGACACUUGCAGAAAGUGGGAAAAUUGGGGCAUUGAACCUUCUAUUCAAGCGUCAUCCUUAUUCAUUGACGCCUUUUAUGUUGGAAAUUUUAGCUGCAAUCCCUGAAACUGUGCCAGUUCAAUCUUAUGGGCAGCUUCUUCCUGGGGCUGCUCCUCCUUCAAGUGUUGCUCUGAGAGAAAAAGAUUGGGUUGAAUGUCAAGAGAUGGUAACAUUUAUUGGCAGACUCCCUGAGAAUCAGGAAAGAAGUAUACAGCUCAGAACCGAACCCAUCAUGAAGCAAUGCGUGGGUUUUUCGUGGCCAUCAACCGAUGAGCUCUCUAUGUGGUACAGAAACAGAGCUAGAGACAUGGAUAGCUUCAGCGGGCAACUAGGCAACUGCUUGUCUUUGGUUGACUUUGCUUGUCGCAAAGGUAUUUAUGAGCUGCAGCAAUUCCAUGAGGAUAUCUGUUAUUUGCACCAGCUCAUUUAUUCUGAUGACAGUGACGAUGAGGUGAAUUUUACUGUGGGCCUUGUUGCAUGGGAACAAUUAUCUGACUAUGAAAAGUUCAAAAUGAUGCUUAAGGGGGUCAAGGAGGAAAACAUGGUUAAGAGAUUACGCGAGAAGGCAAUUCCGUUUAUGCAAAAUAAGUUUCAUAUAAUGACCUCAGUUUCUGGAGAUGCUGUGAUGGAUGGCCAUUCUACUGCAGCAGAUGAGAAGGCUGACUCAUUUCUGGUUAAAUGGCUGAAGGAGAUUGCUUCGGAGAACAAAUUAGACAUGUGCUUGAAGGUCAUUGAAGAUGGGUGCAGGGACCUUCAAAGUAAUAGCUUUUUCAGGACUAAGGUUGAAGCAGCAGAUUGUUCUCUGCAGUGCAUAUAUUUGUGUACUGUUGCAGAUAGGUGGACUACCAUGGCCUCAAUUUUGUCAAAGCUUCCAGAAAUGCGAGAUUCUGAAGUAUAUGAUGAAGGCCUCAAGAAAAGACUUAAACUGGCGGAGGGCCAUAUUGAAGCAGGAAGGCUUUUGUCAUUUUACCAGGUCCCAAAGCCCAUUAAUUUUUUCUUGGAGGCACAUUCUGAUGGAAAGGGUGUAAAACAGAUUCUCCGCCUUAUACUUUCCAAAUUUAUCCGUCGACAGCCUGGAAGAUCAGAUAAUGAUUGGGCAAACAUGUGGCGUGAUUUGCAGAGCUUGCAAGAAAAGGCAUUUCCUUUAGUAGAUCCAGAGUAUAUGUUGAUGGAGUUCUGCAGGGGUCUGCUGAAAGCUGGGAAAUUUUCACUUGCGAGGAAUUAUUUAAGGGGUACCGCAUCUGUUGCUUUGGCAACAGAUAAGGCAGAAAAUCUCGUCAUUCAAGCUGCAAGAGAGUAUUUUUUCUCAGCUUCAAGUCUUGCUUGCUCAGAAAUCUGGAAGGCUAAGGAAUGUGUGAAUCUUUUCCCAAGUAGCAGAAGUGUCAGGGCAGAGGCUGAUAUCAUGGAUGCACUUACGGUUAAACUUCCAAAUCUUGGUGUGACCCUUUUACCUGUGCAAUUUAGGCAAAUAAAAGAUCCAAUGGAGAUUAUUAAAUUAGCAAUUACAAGUCAAGCUGGAGCUUACCUAAAUGUUGAUGAACUUAUUGAAACUGCGAAACUCCUUGGGUUGAGCUCUCAAGAUGACAUAGCAACUGUUGAAGAAGCUAUUGCAAGGGAAGCAGCAGUUGCUGGUGAUCUUCAACUGGCUUUUGAUCUCUGCCUUGUUUUGGCUAAAAAGGGGCAUGGAUCUGUCUGGGACUUGUGUGUUGCAAUGGCAAGAGGUCCUGACCUUGAAAACAUGGAUAUAAGUUCCCGAAAGCAGCUUUUGGGUUUUGCUUUGAGCUAUUGUGAUGACGAGUCAAUUGGUGAGCUGCUGCAUGCAUGGAAAGAUCUAGAUUUGCAAGCCAAAUGUGAAACAUUAAUGAUGUUGACAGGAACAGAUCCCCCCAAAUUCUCAGUUCAUGGUUCCUCAUUUAUCUCAUUUCCACUCCAACAUUCUCAAGACAUGGCUGAUCUAAGAGAUUUCUCUCAACAGGUUCACAGAAUCAGUUGUGAGGAUCAAGGAGUACAAAUAAAAAAUAUUAUUAAUAUUCUUUCCCUCGUUGCUAAAGACUUGUCAAAGGAUAGUGGAUCUGAUUGGGAAACUCUUCUUGGAGAAAAUAGUAAAAUUUUGUCCUUUGCUGCUUUACAACUUCCAUGGUUGCUUGAAUUAAGUUGCAAAGCGGAAUAUGGUAAAAAGUUAAUUGUUGGCUCAUUGUCAGGAAAGCACUACAUAAGCGUCAGAACACAAGCAGUGGUAGCUAUUCUAUCCUGGUUGGUGAGGAAUGGUUUUGCUCCUAGGGAUGAUUUGAUAGCAUCUCUGGCAAAAUCAAUAAUGGAACCACCUGUUACUGAGGAGGAAGACAUUAUAGGGUCCUCGUUUCUGUUGAAUCUUAUAGAUGCCUUUCAUGGGGUGGAAAUAAUAGAAGAACAGGUGAGAAAAAGGGAAGCAUAUAAUGAAAUCUGUAGCAUUAUGAGUGUGGGGAUGAUAUAUAGUUUGUUACACAACUCUGCAGUCGGGUGUGAGAAUCCUGCUCAGAGGAGGGAAUUGUUACUAAGGAAGUUUCAAGAGAAGCACAAAUCACUCACUUCAGAUGAACUAGACAAAAUUGACAGGGCACAAUCUUCGUUUUGGAGAGAUUGGAAACUGAAGUUGGAAGAACAAAAGCGUGUGGCAGAUCACUCUAGAGUGUUAGAGCAAAUAAUUCCCGGUGUCGAAACCACGCGCUUUUUGUCUGGGGACAUUAACUACAUCGAGAGUGUUGUUUUCUCCUUUAUUGAAUCAGUAAAGUUGGAGAAGAAGAAUAUUUUGAAGGAUGUAUUGAAGUUAGCUUCUACCUAUGGCUUGAAUUGCACCAAGGUGCUACUGCAGUACCUCAGUUCUGUCCUUGUUUCUGAAGUUUGGACAAUUAAUGAUGUCACAGCUGAAAUUUCAGAAUUUAAAAAUGAAAUACUUGGUUCUGCUGAAGAAGUCAUCAAAACCAUUUCCAUGUUUGUCUACCCUGCAAUUGAUGGGCAUCGCAAACAGUGCCUUGCUUAUGUAUACGGCUUGCUUUCUGACUGCUACUUGCAGCUUGAAGGAACAAAAGCAUUACCACCCACGCUUCACCCAGAUCCAGCACAUAUAACCAUUAGUUUAGCUCAGUUUUACAAGGUAGUCGAGCAAGAAUGCAAUAGGGUGUCCUUUAUUAAGACCCUGAACUUCAAAAAUAUUGCUGGAUUAGGUGGUUUGAACUUCGAGUUCUUCAGCAGUGAAGUCUAUGCUCACGUUGAUGAAUAUUGUGUGGAAGCGUUGGCAACAAUGGUCAAGACCCUUAUCAGCAUCUAUAGAGAUCCAGUGCCCGAGUGUCAUAUAUCAUGGCAGGAUGUCUACAGACACCAUAUACAUUCUUUGUUAAAAGCUUUGGAGACGAGAGCCAAAAUGCUCACAGAGUCUGAAUGCCCCAAAAACCUUCAUAGCUUAAUGAGUGAGCUUGAACAGAUCUACGAUGUUUGCAAAAAGUACAUCAGGGUCUUGAACUAUCCAGAUGUUUUAGACUUGGUGAAGCAAAUCUUCAGGGUGAUAAUACCCCUUAAUAAAUCUUUUGGGGAUCUAUCUAGUGAUUCAACAUGGCAGGACUGUCUCGUCUUCCUUUUAACUUUUUGGCUCAGAGUGAUUGAUGAUGUUCAGGAAUUCACAUCCCAUGAGAGUCCUGAAGAAAAAUAUAACCUACGAUCUUUAAUGUGUUGUCUUGGGGCUUUUGUGAGGCUAAUAGUAGAGGGGAGAGUCUCUCCAAGUCAGGGCUGGGGCACUGUUAUUGGCUACGUUAGCCAUGGCCUCAUGGGUGGCUUUGCCGUUGACAUCUUGAAUUUCUGCAGGGCAAUGGUUUUUUCUGGGUGUGGUUUUGGAGCCAUUGCAGAAGUAUAUUCUGAAGCAGUGUCACAAUUUCAAACUGACUCAACUUUGAUCUCCGACAAUGAAACAUACUUCGAGGGGAUUCAAGAUCUUCCCCAUCUAUAUUCAACUAUAUUGGAAACCAUUUUACAGGACUUGGCUGCCGGAUCUCUUGAUCGCCAGAAUUUGCAUUGUUUGCUGUCGUCUUUAAGUAGGAUGGAUAGUGAUUUGGAGGAUCUGAAAAGCAUCAGGCAUGCUGUUUGGGAAAGAAUGGUCAAGUUCUCCGAUGACUUGCAUCUACCGAGCCAUGUUCGAGUUUAUGCGCUGGAGCUUAUGCAAUUUAUUACAGGUUCAGGUAGACAUUUUAAGCGGUUUUCAGCUGAGCUGCAAUCAAAUGUUCUGCCAUGGGACGGAUGGGAUGAUCUGAGAAGUAUAACUGCCAAGAAUGAGACUACAGCUGAUCACAAGACACCAACUCAAACAGAUGCAUCCAAUAGGCUGACAAAUACUUUGGUUGCGCUUAAAUCGUCACAGCUCGUCCGAGCCAUCUCGCUGAGCAUAGAAAUUACCCCUGAAGAUCUCUUGACUGUGGACUCGGCAGUUUCUUGCUUUUUGAGAUUAUGUAAAGAUGCUAUAUCCGAACCCCAUUUUGAUGCUUUGCUAACCAUUUUGCACGAGUGGGAAGGGCUCUACACAAUUGGGAGAGACAAGGCAGCAGAUUCUGCAGAAGAAUCGGCUGAGGCUGCAAAUGAUUGGGGCAAUGAUGAUUGGGACGAGGGAUGGGAAAGCUUUCAAGAAGAUCAUGUUGAGAAAGAACCUGAGAAAGAUGACUCCCCUUCCAUUCAUCCUUUACACGCAUGUUGGUUUGAGAUCUUCAAAAAACUGGUAGCGCUCUCUCGGUUUAAAGACUUGUUAAAACUGGUUGACAAAUCCAUAGGAAAAUCGAAUGGAAUAUUGCUUGAUCAAGUUGGUGCCCAUAGCCUAAGCCAAAUUGUACUCAGGAUAGAUUGCUUUGCUGCGCUUAAGAUGGCGUUGUUAUUGCCUUACGAAGCAGUACAGGUGCAGUGUUUGGAUGCGGUUGAGGACAAGCUGAAGCAAGGAGGUGUAUCAGACGCGAUUAGCAAGGACCACGAGUUUUUGAUUCUUGUAUUGUCUUCCGGGCUCAUAUCAACAAUCAUCUCAAGCUCUUCCUAUGGCACCACUUUCUCGUUUCUUUGCUACAUGGUCGGGAAUUUCUCUCGCCAGUGUCAAGAAGCCCAGUUGUUGAGCAUCAAAAAUAAAGGGGAAAAUGAACACAAAAAUGACAACAAAGGUGUAUCGUCUCUUUUUAGAAUAAUUCUCUUCCCGUGUUUCGUAUCUGAGCUCGUGAAGGCCGACCAGCAGGUUCUGGCAGGGUUUCUUGUUACAAAAUUCAUGCAUACGAACGCUUCUCUCAGUUUGAUCAACGUCGCAGAGGCUAGUCUGAGAAAGUAUUUGGAAAGGCAGAUUCAAGUACUACAAGAUGAUGAGCUUAUGCAUCAGGAUUUGGGCUUUGCAGAACCAUUGGUAAAUACUGUCACACAAAUGAGAAGCGGACUGGAAAGUCUGAUCCAAUCGGCAUUGUCUUCUCUUACAACUAAUGUUAGAUGAUAAGGCAUUGCAGUUGUUUCAAAGCUUUUUGUGUGAUUUUUUUUUUUUUAAUAAUAAUUUUAUACAAAUAGGUAUGGAAAAAAAUACUUAAUUGAUGAUUCUGAGGGGGUUUUUUUCCUAGUCAUACAAGCUUGAGUUUUUGUAAAAUUCUAACCCUAAAAGAAAGAUUAAACUUAUAUCAAAUGAUUAGCAAGUUAAUAGUUGAUGAGUUUGAGUCGUUUGACA